AUGAGCAACAAGGGGGCUUCACUGAAAGGUUUGUUGCUGGUGGUCCUUCUGGUGUCCAACAUGCUCCUGACAAAGGAAGGAGUGACCUCCUUGCCAAUCUGCCCCAACGGAUCUGUCAAUUGCCAAGUUUCCCUUGGGGAACUUUUUGACCGAGCAGUUGAACUUUCACACUACAUCCACUUCCUCUCUUCGGAAAUGUUCAAUGAAUUUGAUGAACGCUAUGCUCAGGGCCGGGGUUUUAUUGCAAAAGCUGUUAAUGGCUGCCACACUUCCUCCUUAACCACUCCUGAAGAUAAGGAGCAAGCUCAGCAGAUUCAUCAUGAAGACCUACUGAAUUUAGUACUGGGAGUGCUGCGCUCCUGGAAUGAUCCCCUGAUCCAUCUGGCCUCUGAAGUACAAAGAAUCAAAGAAGCUCCAGACACCAUCCUCUGGAAGGCUGUAGAGAUUGAAGAACAAAACAAGCGGCUUCUCGAAGGAAUGGAGAAAAUAGUUGGGCGGGUUCAUUCUGGUGAGACCGGAAAUGAGGUUUACUCUCAGUGGGAAGGCCUUCCAUCGCUGCAACUCACUGAUGAGGACUCCAGACUCUUUGCCUUUUACAAUCUGCUGCAUUGCCUCCGCCGAGAUUCCCACAAAAUUGACAACUAUCUCAAGCUCCUGAAGUGCCGCCUAAUCCACGAUAGCAAUUGUUAA